UACUGACAGAGAUAUUAUUCUGGGAGUACGAAAUGGCGGCAGCGUCUAACUUUGACGUUUUCUUUGGUGCCUUGUUCGAGGCCUUCCAGGAAAAUAGGCACGUCGAUAUCAAGCUCAAGUCCGGAGACGGCACGAUCGUCAAUGCCCACAAAAUUUUCCUGUCGGCUAGAUCGAAGGUGUUUAGGGUUAUGUUGGAAGCAGACGAAUGCAAGACUUCGAGAGACGAGACGAUCACUCUCUCUGAGCUCAAGCACAAAGAGUUAGAGGCUCUUCUUGAGUUUCUGUACAAGGGCUCCUUGACUGCUGACAAGCUGAAACUUCACGUUCGCCCUCUCUAUCUAGCUGCGGACAAGUAUGAUAUCCCGUAUCUUCAGGACGUAUGCCGGAACCACCUCAUAUCGAACCUAAAUUCGUCAAGUGCUCUCGACAUGCUCGAGCUCUCUUCCGUGUUGUCGGAUGACGCUCUCAACAAAUCGGCGUUGGAUUUUGUCAAAAAGAACAUUAAGGAUAUUGCUGUUUUGUCCGAGUUCGAUUCUUUCGUCGAGAGGAACCCUAAACUUACCGUGGAGUUUAUCAAGGAGUUGACUGCUGGACGGUGCGGUUGGUGCGGCAGGGACUCCGGGGGGGCUAGACUUACGACGCAUGCAGUUAUUUGGUGAAACAAAUAUAUAUUUAAGAAGAUUAAAAUUGACUAGAAAUGA